AAAGAAUAACAAUUCGAUUCGUCGAGUUCUUUCAGAAAGCUAGGAUUUGUAUUCUCACCCAUGUCAUUGGUCCACUGGAUCAUGUGACAGUAAAUUCAUCCUCAGCUCAACCUUGUCCCUGAAUUCAAUAGACCCAUACUUUAAUAAAUGCUAUAGCUCCUAAACCGUUUUAUAAUAUAUUUUUAUAUACAAUUUGAAAUAUACUUCCUAUAAUAUUUUGUAAGAAAAUUCCUAAACCGCCCGAGUAAGCAAAGAUGAACAGCGGGUUUGACAGAGAGGUUGGAUUUAUCAACAGCGAGCCGUCCUUAGCGGAGUGCCUUACAUCCUUUCCUCCUCUUGGUGAGACAUUUCAAAGUUCAUCAAUCAAAAACUCGUCGCUUUCAGAUUCGACACUGAUUCCUCCUCCCUUUGAACACGGCAUUCUGAACUCUGGAAACACAUUUCAAAACGAAAGAACGCAAACUUCGCAAGAUAUUGACAGAGCAGUUUUAGGGAGCAAGCCUUUGGAAUACCCAUGGAUGAAAGAGAAGAAAACACAUAAAAAGAAAAAGCAUGCUCCUCCAGCCACACUCUCCUCUGGAUCUUCCAAUGAAGAUAACGAAGAAUUUCAGGAAAACUACAUCGGUGACCUAUUUGACAACUCGAGAAGACUGCGCACAACCUAUACCAAUACCCAGCUUUUGGAAUUAGAAAAGGAAUUCCAUUAUAACAGAUACCUUUGCAGACCAAGGCGAGUAGAAAUCGCAGCUCUUUUAGAUUUGACUGAAAGACAAGUCAAAGUGUGGUUCCAAAACAGACGUAUGAAACUUAAAAGGCAAUCUCGGUUUAAAGCAGUGGAUACAUCGCUAUGUAAAGGGAUUAGAGAAAGCAAGUGUGUUAACAACGCCUUUGUUACUGGAGGCUCACAAACAAUGAUGGACCUGGGCCCUUUAAAGACUCUGGAGUCUAAAAAUACUGAAACAGAUGCAUCAAACCUUUACCAUGAAAAUACACUGAAAGAACCUGCUCCCAUUCAGGGAAACACAAACCAUGACGACUUCCAUAAUUCCAAUGAAACUGACUGUUCGCUGACUAAUCCAAGCACUUUCUCAUCUGCCACCGAUAGCUCUGAAAGUUUUAAUAUGCCAACAUUAGAGGAUUUAGAUACUAUUUCAAUCGAACCUUUCACAACAGAUAUGCCUAAACUGUCAAUACUUGACAAUGACACAAUGGACAUUCCUUCUGACACCUUUAACUUCUUGGUUGAAAAUAUUUGCACAACAGAUUUUCAACAGCUGCCAUUUUAAU